UAGCGGUGUAGGAUCGGUGUAGCGCUGUUUCUUUCUCCGUUUGCAGUGUUGUCGCGAUGAAAACCUGGAAUAACAAGAAGUUUCCAGGAAAGAGCGGAAAAGUGUCUCGUGGAAAACAGCUGCGUGGAAAAAGAAAGUUUAAGAAAGAUGAUGAUUCAAUUCCUUCAAAGACUUUUCAUAGUAAAGGAGAUGAGGAGGAAAACCCUAAAUCCAUUUCCAGAAAACCUGUGAAAGGAAAUUUAAGACCUGGAGGAGCUAGUGUCAAGCAAGUCAAGAAUAAACAGCAAUCAGAAAAGCUUGCCAUGAAGAGGAAAUACCAAAAUAGCACAGAGAGAGAGUCAGAAUCUAAGAAGCCUAAAUGGAAUGACUUCAAAAAGAAAAAGAAGGAGUUAAAGCAAAGCAGACAACUUAAUGAUAAAAGUAAUUAUGACAUAAUUGUAAAAUCAAAGCAAAUAUGGGAGAGUGUGAGAAGGAAGAAAUGUGAUAAGGAGAAGCGGGAAAAGCUGAUGAAUGAGCUACAAAAACUACUUCAUGGAAAAAUCAAAAAUCUAGCAUUUGCACAUGAUUCAACUCGAGUGAUCCAGUGCUUUAUUCAAUAUGGUAAUGACAAGCAAAGGCAAGAGACAUUUGAAGAGUUGAAAGAUAGCCUUGUGGAGUUGAGUAAGUCAAAAUAUUCCAGGAAUAUUGUGAAAAAGUUUCUUAUGUAUGGGACGAAACAACAAAUUGCUGAAAUAAUAAAAAGUUUUAAAGGUCACGUGAAAAAAAUGCUCCGUCAUGCUGAAGCAUCUGCUGUAGUGGAAUAUGCAUAUAAUGACAAAGCCAUUCUGGAACAGAGAAAUAUGCUGACAGAAGAACUAUAUGGAAAUACUUUUCAGGUUUACAAGGUGACUUAUUACUUUUGUUUUAAGGUGUUCUGUCAUCUAAUGCCCUGUGUUAUUGAUACCUUCCUUGUCUGCAGUAUUCUCUAGUAAAAUUCCUUUCUAUGUCCAAAUGCAUUCUAAUUUAUCAUAUGUAAAUGCGUGAGUAAAUUGCACAUUUCUGUUAUAGGUUAAGAUUGUAUUCUUCAGCUUGAACUAUGUGAAAUAUGUUCACUUGCGAGCUUUUUCUGCAGUUCAGUAUUUAUCAUGCAAUCUUAGAAUGGC